AUUUUCUGUUAUGUGCUGUAACUCAAAUACUUAGAUUUUUUUCUGGUUUUCAUUGUGCAUUUCAUCUACUUUGCACAGAUCCCCCAGGUGAGCUAUGCCUCCACUGCUCCAGAACUCAGCGAUAACACCCGCUACGACUUCUUCUCACGGGUGGUCCCUCCAGACACCUACCAGGUUCAGGCCAUGUUGGACAUCGUCAAGGCCAUGCGAUGGAACUAUGUGGCCACGGUGGCCUCGGAGGGAAACUAUGGAGAGAGUGGUGUUGAAGCUUUUGUGCAGAAGUCUCGGGAGGAUGGUGGUGUGUGCGUCUCCCAGUCAGUCAAGAUUCCCCGUGAGCCCAAGCAGGGAGAGUUUGACAAAGUCAUCCGCCGACUCAAAGAAACCUCAAAUGCCAGAGUCGUCAUCAUUUUUGCCAACGAGGACGACAUCAGGCGGUUGCUCCACGCUGCUAAAAAGGCAAACCAGACGGGUCAUUUCAUCUGGGUGGGCUCAGACAGCUGGGGCUCCAAGAUCUCUCCGGUUGUGCAUCAGGAGGAGAUGGCAGAGGGAGCAGUCACCAUCCUGCCCAAGCGCCAGUCCAUCAAAGGCUUUGAUCGCUACUUCAUUAGCCGAACGCUGGAGAACAACAGAAGGAAUAUCUGGUUUGCUGAAUUCUGGGAGAACAACUUCAGCUGCAAGCUCAGCCGCCAUGCUGUGAAGAAAGGCUCUGGACUCAGAAAGUGCACGAAUCAGGAGCGGAUAGGAAAAGACUCCAAUUAUGAGCAGGAGGGAAAAGUGCAGUUUGUGAUUGAUGCUGUUUAUUCCAUGGCACAUGCCCUGCACAACAUGCACCAGGAGCUCUGCCCAGGCAAAGUGGGCCUCUGUGCUAAAAUGGAUCCCAUCAACGGCACUCAUCUGCUGAAGCACAUCCGCCGUUUAAACUUUGCAGGCAUAGCUGGCAACCCUGUCCUAUUCAACGAAAAUGGCGACGCCCCCGGACGCUACGAGAUCUACCAGUACCAGAUACAGAACCAAACGGCCGAAUAUAAAAUCAUCGGCCACUGGACGGAUCAGCUCCACAUUAACGUUCGUUCGAUGCAGUGGCCCGGUGGUGUCCGUCAGAUUCCUAAAUCCAUCUGUAGCCUGCCCUGUCAGCCUGGAGAGCGGAAGAAAAUUGUGAAGGGCAUCCCCUGUUGUUGGCACUGUGAGCGCUGCGAUGGCUAUCAGUACCAGGCCGACGCCUUCACGUGUAAGAUGUGCCGCUUUGAUUUACGCCCCAACGAGAAUCACACCGGGUGCGUUCCAAUCCCCAUUGUUAAGCUGGAGUGGAGCUCUCCGUGGGCUGUCAUCCCGGUGCUCAUCGCUGUCGUUGGCAUAAUGGCCACGCUGUUUGUGGUGGUCACCUUCAUCCGCCACAAUGAUACCCCCAUUGUGAAAGCAUCCGGCCGGGAGCUGAGCUAUGUGCUGCUCACUGGAAUCUUCCUGUGUUAUGCCACAACAUUCCUAAUGAUUUCUGCUCCGGAUGUGGGAAUCUGCUCACUGCGGCGGAUCUUCCUGGGUCUGGGGAUGAGCAUCAGUUACGCUGCCCUUCUCACCAAGACCAAUCGUAUUUACCGGAUCUUCGAGCAAGGCACCAUGUCUGUAAGCGCCCCCAGGUUCAUUUCUCCAGCCUCGCAGCUUGUCAUCACAUUCACCCUGGCCUCGGUGCAGCUGCUGGGGGUUUGCAUCUGGUUUGUGGCAGAUCCUUCCAAGGCCAUUAUUGACUAUGAGGAUCAGAGGACAUCCAACCCAGUACAGGCCCGUGGUGUGCUCAAGUGUGACAUCUCUGACCUGUCUCUCAUCUGCCUACUGGGCUACAGCAUGCUGCUUAUGGUCACCUGUACAGUCUACGCCAUUAAAACCAGAGGUGUGCCCGAGACCUUCAACGAGGCGAAACCUAUAGGUUUCACCAUGUACACGACCUGCAUUAUUUGGCUGGCAUUCAUCCCAAUCUUCUUUGGCACUUCACAGUCCACAGAGAAGAUGUACAUCCAAACAAUGACAUUCACCAUCUCGGUGAGCCUGAGUGCGUCAGUCUCUCUGGGGUUGCUGUACAUGCCCAAGGUCUACAAGGUUCUCCUCCAUCCUGAGCAGAAUGUGCCCAAGCGGACACGCAGCCUGAAGGCGGUGGUUACCGCUGCCACGAUGUCCAACAAAUUAAACCCCAAGGCCGAACUGAGACCCAACGGAGAAGCAAAGACCGAGUUGUGUGAGAGUCUGGAUUCACAAACGUUCCCGAGAAAGCAGACCUACAUCAGCUACAGCAACCACGGAAUCUAAUCUGAAAGACUGACCCUUCUGUCGUAAUUCAGGAUUUUCCAGCCCGACAAAUGGAGAAGACAACAUGCAGUGGAACUUCACAGGGCUGGGAAUAAAAAAUAGGAAUGGGUGUGUUGUUGUUGUUGUUGAAGUACGGAUGGCGAUCUGAAGCGCAUUGCUCAAGGACCGGCCUUGGAGGUGAGAAAAAAAAAAAAACAUAAAAAAGAGCGGGGACGGACAAAGAACAGGAGAGAGAAGAUAAACUUUGAUAAAGGUUCAAUCUUCUUUUGGCCUCACAAGAAUAUACACAACAAUAAAAAAUGAAAAUACUUGCAUGGCAGAGGCCCCUCCUAAAAAAAGAUUGAGCCUUUUUAUUUUCAGUGUUUACAUUACAGUAAAGCCCGCUCCUGAAGACUCCUCUGAUGUUCUGUGCAGGGCCAAAUCAAACUGAACUCUAAUCAAUGAUAUGUUCAGGUGUUGUCAGUGUUGUCUGUCAAUUUUUUUUUUUUUUUUUAAAUACAAUCCAUCCUAACACCUAUAUACAUGAACAUCACCAGGGAACAAUACAAGACAUCAUCCAAGGAUUUUUUAUGUGUUUAUCACUUUAAUUUUCAAGAAUUUAUGAUUAUAUAAAUAAACAUGUACCAGGUCGAGCAUUAAUUUAUUUCAGGUUUCCACUGACUCGUUAAGUCACAGUUAAGAGGAUCUCUGCUAAUUUCGAGCAUGCCAAGUUUCAACAUCCUGUGUUGUGUUAACUAAAAAAAUGUAAAGAUUUAAAAAAAAUGAAGAGAAAUUAUAUAUAUUAUAGAUAUAUAUCUUUGGAAUGCAUUAAAACUCAGUUGCAGCGUUGUAAGCAGUUGUUUGGGCCUGAGCCUGUUGUGCGUUUAAAAAAAAAAACUGUUCUUCAAUGGUGAAGGUCUAGUGAUGAGUGAUUGUUUAUCUGUGCUUCAGUGAGGCCAUGAUCUGUAUUACCAGCUAACCCACGACUGCCACUGCCCUCAGCGUACCUGUGUGUGCACUAACAGCAGCAGCAGCAGCGCCAACGUUUCAGUCGGGGGGGCUGCCUGCACGCAGUCAUCCUGGAUGACCCUUCCAUCACUGCCACCAGCUCCUCUCUUGGUCAUAUUUAGUGAAGGGGUAUAGGGAGGGGAAUUAAGAUGAAGCAUGCCCCUGAGAGGAUUGUACAACAUGCCCCCUGGAGGUGAUAUCCCUAAUGGAGCGACCAUCGAGAAAAUUCAUUACCAUACAUCGUCAUCCUCAGGCACUUUUCAUUUUACCAGGGAAGGUGUCAGGGAAUUGUAAGGCUUUUCCGAUAAAUGGGAAUCUAAUUGGAAAAGUAUACAAUAUCUCCCUCCAUCACGCUCAGCUCGCUGAACAGAUUACUAGUAGGCUUUGUGCGGUAUAAAACCCCUCUAAUGUCUUGGGGAAAAUAUUGUAGGGUCAUUUGUGUUGUGGACUCAAUGCUGCUUUUAAUCUCUGUAUUUUCUUCUGUUUUCUUUUUUUUCCUUUCAACACCAUUUACGUUGCUGAGUAAAAUGUGAGUGCUGACCAAAUUAAAUGGCAAGUUAAUGUAUGUUAUUAAAUAGAUUAAUGAUGUCCUGAUGCUUUAUGUCCUGACAGUUCCUACAUUUGGGGAAAAUGUGUAAACAGAUACAGUGCCUGGCUAUCUGACUACGUGUUUGUAAAACAUCAUGGAAACUAAUGAAGUGUCUAACGCAUGUUUCUUUUCUUUUUUUUUUUUUUUUUUUUAUACCAGAAGAUUUAUUUGUAUUAAGAACAGUUACACAGUCCAUUAACAGGUCUGGGUGAUUUCAAUUAAUGUGGUUUCUUUAGGUUCUUCUUUUAUGUUGUUAUUUUUGUUUUGUUUUUUACACAUUAAAUGUUUCUUUGAACAAAGCUUUCUGUCGAUGCAAGGUUCAAUUUAAGGGUCAAAAUGUUCUUUUGUACUAAGCAUUAAAACCAGGGCUGUAAAAGAUUAAAAAUAACCACGAUUAAUCACGAUUAAUGGAGACAUC